UGCACCACCAUGGUUUCUUCGAUUUCAGUGCAUUUGCAUUUUCCUAUUUUCUUUUCUUGAUGUGCGAAUUUAGAAAAUAGAAAUUUGUGAUCGAAAACUUUUCGUUUAUUGUCCUGUCGUGCGCCCAGUCUUUCUCCAUGGAGUCUAUAUUUCACGAAAAACAAGAAGGUUACCUUUGCGCCCAGCAUUGCUUGAAUGCCUUACUGCAAGGGCCUUACUUCACUCCGGUCGAACUGGCGACUCUUGGUCAGCAAAUGGAUGACGAGGAACGAAUUAGGAUGGCAGAAAAUGGUGUUGACAGUGCUGAUUAUCAACGCUUUUUAGAGCAACCGUCAGGAAACAUGGAUGACAGUGGAUACUUCUCAGUUCAAGUUAUCAAUAGUGCUCUUGGUGUAUGGGGCCUGGAACUUGUACCUUAUAAUAGCACAGAGCCGCGAGCAAUGCAAGCAAAGCAUAACCCGGACUCCAUGAAUGCAUAUAUAUGUAACUAUAAAGACCACUGGUUCACUGUUCGUAAGAUCGGUUCACAAUGGUUUAAUUUGAACUCCCUUUUGUCUGGACCAGAGCUAAUAUCUAAUACAUACCUAGCAAUGUUUUUGGCUCAGUUACAACAGGAAGGUUACUCAAUAUUUGUUGUUUUUGGAAAUUUGCCUGAAAGUGAUGCAGAUAAAAUUCUUCGAGCCAAUCCUGUCAGUAGAACAACUCGCAAACCUGUCCCUGUUAUUCAAAUCAGUGAUAUCGAAGAUGAGGAAGAUUUAGACCUGAAAAAAGCCUUGAGAUUAAGUCUUGGAGAAGAAGUUGCAAGUACUUCAAAUUCCAAGGAUUGUAGAGGCUCAAGUUCAUCACGUCUUUCAAGGAAUGUAAGUGAUGAAGAUUUAGAAACUGCCAUCAAAUUGAGCCUAAGUCAGUUUGAAGUGUCACCAAGUCAACAAAAUUUAGAAGAAGAUAUUGUUGAUCCAGAUUUACAGAGAGCACUCAGGAUGAGUGUUGAAUGCACUGAUGAGCCUCUUGCUAGUACAAGCGCUGAUAUGUCAGAAGUAAGGAGACAUAGGUUAAACUUUUUAAGCAACCUCGAAGCCAGAUCCUCAUCAGCGAAGCUGAAUUCUUAGCAAAAUGCUCAUCUCAGUGUUUCUUUUUUUCAUAAUUUUUGUUUUGUUGUGUUUUGAUUAUUUUUCUCUACUCUAUAAGUAUUUAGAAUUUAAAAUCUGCAUUAAUGCUCCUGUUGUAUUUUCGUCCAUUUUUAACAAUUUAUGCUUAAAUAACCAACCUCUAGCAACUUUAUCAGUCACCGCAAUAUCAGUCAAUGUGGUAAAAGUUCUUUUCCCAAAUUAAGACAAUUGAAUCAGUGAGGAUGAAAGAAAACACACCAACUUGGAAAAAUGAAUUUUUGCAAGAGACAAAAAAUCGUGCAGUAGGUGAAGAAGUUGGUCCAAGAAGAAGCUUUUUGGUGCCAAAGGGCAAUUACUUUGGGUCAUUCCAAAAUGUGAACCUGACGUAGAUGCGCCAUCUUUCAUGGUUUUUAUGAAAAUUGGGCAUCUUCAAUGUAAUUUGGGCAUUUUGAAGUUUCCGAGUUGGUGUGUUUUUAUUCCCUCAGAUUAAAUUUGGUGUUCUGUUUUUCAAAUAUCUAGGUGAAUUUUUGAAACUAUUAGUGGGUCUUCUUGUUAUUUCAUUGUCAAAACUUUUUUUUAAGAGCAUUGGUGUCUAAUUGAGUGAAUUUUCGUUGCUCUAUUAGUUCAAGUAAUGCAGGGACAUCAAUCAUCAUUUAUGGCUCUCUGGUCCUGAUUUCUCCCAUAAAAAUAGAAUCGUCGUAUGAUGACUAUUCUUUGUGUCACAGUGUCUCUGACAUGUCAGUCAUGAGGAUUUUUUAAUCUGACAGGGCUAAGUGAGGUCAAGUUUUUCUCAGCAGUUAUCAUUUUGAUUCAGCUUAUAGCUGCAUACAUGUGUGAACUUGAAAGAUACGUACCUAUCCUAACCAUUUCAUUUUAAAAUAUCUUCCUCAAUUCUUAAUUUUUAUUUUUAUUUUUAUGAAAAGUAAACUAACUUAGUUGCGCACAGUCUACAGUAGAACAUUCUUUCUGUUAACAAACAAAAAAAUUAGAGAAAAAAUAGAUAUUAAAGAUUUUAAUGAAAUGACAUUGGUUAGUUUUCUGUUAAAAAGUUAAAUAUAACAGGAAGUGUUGACUAUUGCAGUUUGGGAUUCAGUUCUCAGAGUUAAGCUGUAAUGUGUUUAUUACAAUGCAGACGGUCUGAGUUUUCAGUGAGUGUUAUCGUUUAAUUUUCAGCAACAACAUUCAGAAGCAAUUUUCAUAGGGUAACAAAUCUUCAGAAAUGUGUCAAUAUUAUUUUCCGAAAAAUAUAAAGCUCUAAUUAUCUUGACCAGAGACACUGAAAUCAAGAAGUCUGCCAAAACCGGAAAGUAAUUUACUUAAAGAAAGUUGUUUUUUCAUGUUUAUUUUCUUCUCAGAAUUCUUACAAUGUUAGCCUGAAUAUCAAUGCUGAAACUCCCAAACUACAUACCUCUGUUUGCAACAUUAUAGACUUUUUGUCUUUCUUUAUUUUUUUAAACAGAGGACUACUUAACGUCAAUUCUUACAAAUUCCAUGAUUUUUCCUCUUUGUCCUAAGAUAUAUCUCUGAAGACUUCAAGAAAUGAUUUUGAUUCGUUCUCCUUUCAAAAAAUAAAGUAGAAGCAAAGAUUUUGAAACACUGCAAAGGAGAUAUGCGGUUUGGGAGUUUCACCGUUGACAUUCUCAAAACAAGACGGUGAUAGGGAUACUUCUUUCUCAAAUACUAUUGAGGGAAUAUUAUAAUAUCAGUAAAAAGUGUAUGAUAACAACAUGGAAAAUGAAAAUAUGACUUCAAAGCAAUUUUUUGUAAUGAUUGGCAUCUUUCUUUCACCAAAAUGUGUAAAAGUUCUUCCAGUGCCUUUAAUCAUUAUUUUUUUUCCUAGUAAUCAGUUUUUCAUGAGUGUGAAACCCUGUAAGAAGUGAAAUAAAAUCCAUACCACCCACUUUCCAGCAAUAA